UAGCCUCGAUUAAAGGUGUUGCCUGAUAUCGCUGUGGGCAACGUCGAAGAAGGGCUAGCGAGAGCAGAAGCGAAAACGAAGGCACAGAAAAAGUUUCGUGGUUCAAGAUGGGGGACGGUUUUUAAUUAUGGGAAUCGAUGAUCUUACACACAGGCGCUCGUCACUAUCGCCGUCGCUGGUGACAACAAGGGUCAUUUCAUUAUCAUUCCUGAUAUACUACUACAUAGCUCAUGUCUCCCAGAGUUCUACUCGUCAAUGAUGACGGCCCCCCAGGUCCCCAAUCUCCAUACAUAUAUGGGCUUUAUCGUCAUCUCACCACAAAUCUCAGGUGGGAUGUAAAAGUAGUCGUGCCAAGCUCCCAGAAAUCGUGGAUCGGGAAAGCGUUUCACAUUAAGGAAAUCACGAAAGGAAAGUAUUACUACCCGACGGAACCCGACGGGAUGGGAGAGGUGUCAUCAGCUUCGCGUCCUUUAAAUGAGGGUGAAGUUGCCGAGUGGGUACUGCUGGACGGUACCCCCGCAACCUGCACCAAUAUCGCACUUCAUAACCUAUAUCCCGGAAAAAUCGACCUUGUGAUCUCGGGGCCAAACCUUGGCAGAAAUUCCUCUGCCGCUUUCGCCAUGUCGUCUGGAACCAUCGGUGCUGCAAUGUCGUCGGCGCUAUCUCAGAUCCGUUCCAUUGCAAUUUCAUACGGCACUGUUCUCCAUCCCACCCCAAACGAACUUUUUGAACCCGCAGAUAUCCUCUCUGGGCGGAUCAUUCAGUACCUAUGGGAUAAUUGGGGUAAAGACGCUGAUGGAAUACGCAACGGAGAAAUCGACAUGUACAACGUGAAUGUUCCCAUGAUAAUGGAACUUCUUAAUCCCGAGGGCAUAGAUGUCCAUUGGACGCACAUGUGGCGUAACUCAUACGGGCGACUUUUUAAAGCAGUAUCAGCUCGUGACGCUACGAGCACAACGAGAGACGUCCCCGAAAAGGCCCCGGACGUGGCGGGACAGUAUCUCACACAAGAAAGCGAACCUGGAGGCGAUGUAUCCAAAGAUGAACCUGCAAUGCUAGUGUUCAAAUUCUCCCCUGAUUUCCAACCCCUCAUUACACCUUCGGUCGGUUCUCUCCCAGUUGGCUCGGAUGGUUGGGCCAUCGCUAAAGGCCACGCGAGCAUUACUCCGCUACGGGCAUGUUUUGCACAUGUAGAUCAUGACCCUGCGGCAAUAGGGACAGAAUCUCUGAGGAUCUUGAAACUUUAGAGUACUCCAAUUCUUUGAUAUCAUUUAUAUCAUCAAUGCAAGCGAGUCAUGAGGAGAACUUUAGGGGUGCAAGGUCUAUCAACAGGUCCCCGUGUCACUGGCCUCUGAUCGUCCACAAUAGCUCGUCUAAUAGUUUGUUACGUCUCUGCUUGGACAGCCAGCAUCUUAAAGCAAGACAUGCACGAUGUGUAAGAAUACUACUGUAGAGAUAAUCCAACCAGUCAUCAAGUUCAUGAUUGGAUGUGUUCGGAUUGUGCUCGACGUGCCGCCGUUUUCUAUCCAAGCCUGUUUGUAGACACUGAGCGAGUUGAUGAUCCAAGAGGCAUUCUAUGGG